AUGUCUAGCAAAGAAAAAAGACGCCGUGUUGGUAUAUUGGGAACCGGAGACUUCGCGAGAGCUCUAGCAAAACGCCUCUUUUUCUCUGGAUAUGACGUCAUUCUAGGAAGCAGAAAACCGGAAAAGAAAGCGAUAUACGCUAUGGAUCAAUGCCUGUGCAAUGUGCAGGUUCUAUCCAUCGAGGAGUGCAUUAAGAGUGCGUCCAUUAUAUUCCUGGCAGUCCAUUUCGAUAAUGUCAAGGAGCUUCUUACAGAACACGUCGUGAAACUCGAAGGAAAGAUUAUUAUCGAUGUAUCCAAUAGAGAAAGACCCAGCAGCGUCACGUCGAACGCGGAACUUGUCCAGAAAAUGGUUCCCGGCUGCAUUGUUGUCAAGGCGUUCAACGUCAUAUCUGCCUACGCGAUGGAGAACGAUUAUAACUCGAGCAGUAAACAGGUCUUUAUUGCCAGCAACAGCGAGAACGCGCGAGAUGUGGUGGCCAAUAUUGCAAAGGACAUGAACUUCCGACCAGUGGACUUUGGAGGACUGUUUGCUGCUCGGAGAAUCGAGAAACACCCGCUGCGACUAUUUUCGGAAUGGAAAGGCCCGCUAGGUUUCGCAGUUUGCGUUUUCAUCGUUUGGCUAAUAUUUCUCAUUUAUAUAUACUAUAUUGUAGAGUCCGUAUAUAAAUGGGAGCAACUGUUCGUCAAAGUGCUGAACAAAGCCUUUUGCAUGACAGGCAUAACGACGUUGUCAGUGACAUACUUGGCAAGUAGUUUUGCUACAAUGGUUCAAAUCUACUACGGCACAAAGCACAUACGUUUCUCGCGGUGGCUAGAUAAAUGGCUGAAAAAUCGAAAGCAACUAGGCCUCCUAUCCUUCGCGCUGAUAUCAAUACACGUGAUCAUGUCAGUGCUGACCAUGUCUCCGACGUACCUAAGCUCCUGGUAUCACAGUACCACAGUUACAAUUCCCGCGAAUCUCACGGUACCGUUGCAGUUAAAGCAGACAACGUGGAUGAAUUGGAAAGGAGAGGCGGCCUGUUUGGUUGGCAUCAUAGCCUACGUGGUACUUAGUUUCAUUUGCGCCACCACUUUCCCGUCCGUCACGGACACGUUAAACUGGCGUGAGUGGAGGUUCGCGCAGUCAAAGAUGGGACACGCUGCUCUGCUGCUAUCUGUCGGACACGUUCUGGUCAUGGGGAUACCAGGAUGGCUGUCAAAGCCCCAUCUCAUUUACAAAUCUAUUACAUUCCUGUGUUUAAUUAUACCUUGGAUAACAUUACUCGUUAAACUUGUAUUUUCCUUCCCGUUGGUAGACCGCUAUGUGAUGAAAUUACGCAAAGGCUGGGAGAGAAGGGAGAAAAAUUGUACAGCGGACUGCGCUCGGCCCGUUACGAACGAGGUGUAUGCGUCUUUUGACAUGAACGCGGGGAAGCGGAAAGCGUGCACGGACGCAUGCACGUGCCCUGAUGACCCAAUGCCAAUGAUGAACUUUGGGAGCUCUAUAAGCAUCAUUGCUAGUGGGAAAGGUCAAUUAGAAAAUAUCCAUAGCCUUUAA